UCCUUAGUACGGCUUUUUUCCUUCUUUUUCUUUUCUCCUCUUCUCGAUCUCAUUCUCAUUCUGUAGAGAUCAAUCGAUAUGCCCACUUCUAAACUUCUUGUACAUUCUAUCAUUUUCAUUCUUCUGAGCUAUGGAAGCAAUACAGUAGUAUGCCACACCAAAGGCAUUAGGCCAAAAAGAACAGCUUCAGGGAAGCUAUUUGCAGUGAAUAUGACCCAAGUCCAAUACUCUGAACAACAAUUCAUGAAGUGGGUAAACUUUGUUGGCAGCCUCAAUCACUCUGUGUUCAAGACCGCCAAGAAUAAGCUCUUCCCUUCUUACACUCUUACGGUCGACAAAAAUCCAAACUACGGUGACUUUACUACAAUUCAGCAGGCUAUUGAUUCUCUCCCUACUGUUAAUCUAGUUAGAGUGUUGAUCAAGGUUCAUGCGGGUGUUUACACGGAAAAGGUUACAAUACCUCAGCUGAAGUCAUACACAUUUGCUUCUGCAACAUUUGCUGUGAAUUCUCCAUAUUUCAUAGCCAAGAACAUCACAUUCAAGAAUACAACUCCAGUACCACCCCCAGGAGCCAUUGGAAAGCAAGCUGUUGCAUUUAGGAUAUCGGCAGAUACAGCAGUUUUUGUGGGUUGCAGAUUCUUGGGUGCACAGGAUACGCUGUAUGACCACGUAGGCAGGCAUUAUUACAAAGAUUGUUACAUCGAAGGCUCUGUGGAUUUCAUCUUUGGUAACGGGCUCUCUUUGUUUGAGGGUUGUCACGUGCAUGCAAUAGCACAGUUAACGGGGGCAGUCACAGCACAAGGGAGAAGCAGCCUGUUGGAGGACACAGGGUUCUCCUUUGUAAACUGUAAGGUCACGGGUUCAGGAGCCCUGUACCUAGGAAGGGCAUGGGGACCCUUUUCCAGGGUAAUCUUCGCUUACACAUAUAUGGACAACAUUAUCAUUCCAAAAGGCUGGCAUAACUGGGGUGACCCUAGUCGAGAAAUGUAA